AAUGAUCUGCUGCAGAGUGGCUCCAAAAUGCUGGAUGGACGUCUCGCCGUGCUGGCAUGGAGGACCUUCUCGCUGGUAGUGGCGCUCUGCAGCCUCCCUCCGCCCUCCUCAGCGUACUUCGGGCUGACGGGAAACCAACCCCUGUCCAUCCUGCCCCUGAAUGUCCCGGCCGAGGACGGACCCCCUAAAGCUCAGUUCAAACUGUGCGACCGCCUCAAACUGGAGAAGAAGCAGCGGCGGAUGUGCAGACGCGACCCGGGCGUGGCCGAGACGCUGGUGGAGGCCAUCAGUCUGAGUGCACUGGAGUGUCAGUACCAGUUCCGCUUCGAGAGGUGGAACUGCAGCUUAGAGAGGUACCACAGAGCCUCCAUUCUGAAGAGAGGAUUUAAGGAGACGGCGGUCCUGUACGCCCUCUCCUCGGCAGGACUCACCCACGCCAUCGCUAAAGCCUGCAGCGCGGGGCGGAUGGAGCGCUGCACGUGUGACGAGGCCCCGAACCUGGAGAACAGGAAGGCGUGGCAGUGGGGGGGCUGUGGGGACAACCUCAAAUACAGCAACAAGUUCGUCAAGGACUUCCUGGGCAAACGAGCCAACAAGGACCUGAGGGCCCGCGUCGACAUGCACAACACACACGUGGGCAUGAAGGUGAUCAAGGCGGGCGUGGACACCACCUGUAAGUGCCACGGCGUGUCGGGCUCCUGCACGGUGCAGACGUGCUGGCGACAGCUGGCGCCCUUCCACAAGAUCGGCAUGGUGCUGAAGCACCGCUACGAGGGCGCGAUCAAGGUGGGCAGCAACACCAAUCAGGCCAAGGGCGAGCCGGGCCCCGCCCCGCCACGCGCCCGCGCCCACGCCGAGCCCUUCUCCCGCACCUCGGACCUGCUGCACAUCGAGGACUCGCCCAACUUCUGCCAGGUCAGCAACUACUCGGCCGGCACGGUGGCUCGCAAGUGCCACAAGGGCAAGAACUGCGAGGCCAUCUGCUGCGGGCGCGGCCACAACACCCAGAGCCGGGUGCUCACCCGGCCGUGCCAGUGCCAGGUCCGCUGGUGCUGCUACGUGGAGUGUAAGCAGUGCACGCAGAAGGAGGAGGUGUACACCUGCAAGGGCUAGCUCCAAAAUAAUGAGGACGGAAAAUAACGAGGGUUUCUGACGCAGCGCCGAACUGAACGGACCGAGACGGGAAGAGGGCGCGACGCUCUCGCUUCCCAAAAACGUGAGACCUGAGAACAUAAACGCAACGCCGAAUCGGACUGGUGAAGAGCGCCGGAAAACGCCGCUUAUUCCAGCGGAGACUCGACUAACGGAUCUAUAACGAACCUACGCGUGUGUGUGUGUGUGUGUGUGUGUGUUUUCUGAUUAUCUGAACGACGGGGUGUGUGUGUGAUU